CGGGCCGGGAGGAAAGCCGGGGCUCAGCGGAGGUGUUCGGGGUUAAUCCCGACGCCGUGCACAGUAAACAUCCCAAUUACCAAUUUCCCGGCAUUGGAGACGCUAGUUUUGCUCGCAGGUUUGUCAGGCGCUGACUCCACACCAAAUCUACAGCCCACAAACCACUGGCCGCGAAGGCGCGCCCUGGCUGGGUGCACGCGCACCUCUCACCCCCCGCUUCCGGCCCUGAGGCAACCUCGGUGCACAUGCGCACACGCCCCGGCCCGCUGGGAGGCGGGACCUCAGGGGCGGAGCCGAGUUGAGAUGCCUCUGCGAUGAGGUCAUUCCUCGAGCUGUAGCGUUGUGUCCCCGCCCCUCGACGUCCCCAACCGCCCCCCCGCCCCACACCAGAGCUGGAGUCGGGCUGUCUACGUCUCAGUCCUAACGGUUGCCGCGCGGCGCUGGCCUCGGCGCAAGCGCGAACUGACACGCUCACACGCACGCACGCGCCCGAGGCGGUGGUUGGAGACUCCCCACGCAGUGGACUAGGGAUCGGGCGGGCAAGGCGAUGGGCGAGGCUGAAACACCUUCCUUCGAAAUGACCUGGAGCAGCACGACCAGCAGUGGCUACUGCAGCCAAGAGGACUCGGACUCGGAGCUCGAGCAGUACUUCACGGCGCGUACCUCGCUGGUCCGCAGGCCGCGCCGGGACCAGGAUGAGGCUGUAGAGCGGGAGACACCUGAUCUUUCUCAAGCUGAGACUGAGCAGAAAAUCAAGGAUUACAAUGGCCAGAUCAACAGCAACCUCUUCAUGAGCUUGAAUAAGGAUGGCUCCUACACAGGCUUCAUCAAGGUUCAGCUGAAACUAGUACGCCCUGUUUCAGUGCCUUCCAGCAAGAAACCACCUUCCUUACAGGAUGCCCGGAGGGGCACGGGGCGGAGCACAGCUGUGAGGCGCCGCACCUCAUUUUACUUGCCUAAGGAUGCUGUUAAGCAUCUGCAUGUUCUAUCUCGAACACGGGCUCGUGAGGUCAUUGAGGCCCUGCUUCGCAAAUUCAUGGUAGUAGAUGAUCCUCGCAAGUUUGCACUCUUUGAACGAACUGAACGGCAUGGCCAAAUAUACUUCCGGAAACUGUCAGAUGACGAGCAGCCCUUGAAGCUACGGCUUCUUGCAGGGCCCAGUGAGAAAGCCCUGAGCUUUGUCCUGAAGGAGAAUGACUCCGGAGAGGUGAAUUGGGAUGCCUUCAGCAUGCCUGAACUACACAAUUUCUUACGCAUCCUGCAGCGGGAAGAAGAGGAACACCUUCGCCAGAUCCUGCAGAAGUAUUCUCGUUGUCGUCAGAAGAUCCAGGAGGCCCUGCAUGCCUGUCCUUUGGGGUGACCUUUGGUUGCCCUGGGUGACAGGAGGAGAACAGGCAGUGCGAAGAGCGUGCCGUGUGAGUGUGACAGGGCCCAUGGGGUCUGAGGAGUGCGUGUGCAUGGAGGUCCUCCUCUGCUGAUGGGGAUGAGCCCAGAGAAGGAGCUGGCCCUCUACCAGUGGAUAUGGCAGGGCAUGGAUUUUCAUCCCUCUGCCCUUAUGUACUGGGUCAAACUCUGGUUAGCUGCACCAGUCUUUCAUCCGGGUCGCAGCUGUGAUAAUCUUAGAGACUCUACAGACAGAACAAGGUUAUGUUUCACGGGUGAGGGCCCUUACCUAUGGAGAAAGAUUGUUUUGGGUCAUGAAUAGGUCUCAGGAUAGCCCUAUCAGAGCCAAAGGCAGCUGUUCAGAAUAAUACAAGCAAUUAAGGUAGAGUCUGGGUUUCCCUCUUACCGUGCCUUCUGACUUAAAUACACCCUAGGGUCAGGGAGGGCUGGCCAGAACAACUGUGUUGGGUCAGUGACGCCUCUAAGGGAAAGGUUGCUGGACCAGACCCUCCUCUUGUUUGCCAAAGCCAGAGUCUCCCUCAUAUUUUUGAUGGAAGUGUAUGAAUGUAUGUAAUGUUUUGUGGCCUCAACUGAAUGCCUCCUGUGGGGAAAGGGAUGGGGGUGUGACAGUCAUCAUCAGGGCCUGAUGCCUGAGAGAAUUGGCUGAAUAAAGAUGUAAGAACUUUUCUGGU